AUGGCUAGCCACCGAUCUGUUGUGCUUGAAGAAGUGCAGCUUGUCCCGUUCAUCCAGCAUCUUCUGGACUGCCACGUCCAGUCAUGUACUCUGAUCGUAUGCUCGACGCGGGAGUCAUUCAUGACAGGACUCUCCUCUGCCGUUGCCAAGCAAGGCCGUCCCGUUCACAACACAGAGGCUAAUGGUUCAUCUGCUGCAACCGAUACGUCUACACAUCAGCUCUCCAACUCGCCUUGGAGCAUCCCGACUCUUCGUCUACUAGCGUCUUCUCGCACUAUCAAGCUGGCAUUCUGUCCGGAUGUCCCUCACUUACGCGCGUAUCUAGCCUCCUACGCUUGCACACAGUCGAUGAAAGCAGACGAGGGCGCGACAGCUACUAACUCGACUUCCUCACCCUCGCUUAUAGCGAUACUGAACCCUCUCCAGCUUCACAGGCCCACCUCGGCGUUCUCCGCGCAAGGGCUGAAUCGAACUUUCGCCGUUGCGAUCGAGGCUGCUUAUCACUCUGGAAGACGGCUGAUCUUCGCUGAAUGUGCUGUGGGUGAUGGCAACGAGGCCGCCCACGAUACCGACACUGAGGAAGAGGCGCUUGCGCUGGCCCAUUCGCCCUCAACCAAUCCUUGGGAUGAAGAAGUCUCGAUUCUGAAUGUCACCACCAAGACCUUCAGCGCCGGGGAAAGGGGAUGGGUCGGACGUACAGUCAAAGUGCGCACGAUUGCCGAGCGGUGGUGCGAAGUCCAGAAGCUGCCUGCAACGGACCUCUGGUAA